CUGGUUAUCCAAGUGGCGUUAGCUGUCCACAAUAUUUUCACAGUUGGCUUUUACGUUUAGCAGAAGCUCAUGGACAUGUGAUGUGAUCCGAGUAUUUGAGGUGGUCGUGAGUGUUGAUAGAUAGAGAAAUUGUAGAUCUCUUUAUAGUCAAUAGCGCGUUAGAGCAAUGGAAGAUAUUUUUCAAAACGGAAAUUACGAUAUAUUAGGAAAUACUAAUAUGACUACGUCGGAGGAAAUACGCAAGGAGGAUUCACUCUUGGAUCAUAUGGAAAUUGUGAUAGUAGAAGCUGAAAAACGAGCUAAUAGUGCAUUGAAUCUCAGAGAGUUUUACACAGUUUAUCUUGUUGAAACAAAAGUAAUUGACCCAGAUUUUAGGGGUGCUCUGACACGGCUAAGUUCUUUGUGGAGAAGAUACACUGAAUUUGAACUGUUGAGAGCUUAUUUGGAAGUAUCUUAUCCUUACAUAGUCCUACCACCGUUACCAGAAAAAAAGGUCCUCUAUGGCUGGCAGAAGGUGGCCACUGAUACAUUCGAUCCAGACUUUGUUGAUCGGCGUAGAGCUGGGCUUGAGAAUUUUUUGCUUCGAGUGGCAUCACACCCAGUAUUAUCACAUGACGAACACUUCAUGGGUUUCCUCCAGCAAGAAGAUGAAUGGCGAGAGAGCAUUAAAGAAACUGGCUAUUUACAAAUAGCAGAAUCUAAGCUCAAAGCUCUUAGCGUGGCUGUGAGACUAAAAAAACCUGAUAGACGUUUUGAAACAAUCAAAAAUUACGGAAUCGAGUUACAGAAUAAUUUGUGCAAUCUUCUUAGAGUUAGAGCACGUUUAGUUGAAAAGCAAUAUGGACUGUACAAAUUACAUGCUAAUUACGGACGUGUGUUUAGCGAAUGGAGUGCCAUAGAGAAAGAAAUGGGAGAUGGCUUGCAGAAAUCAGGUCAUUACCUGGAUUCUAUAGCCGCGAGUAUCGACACUGCAUUAGAAGAGGAGGAACUGAUAGCAGAUCAAUUAAAGGAGUGGCUGUUUGGAGCAUCCGCACUUCAAGGAGUAGUUAGACGAAGAGAGGCUCUGCAGCUGGUUAGAGAUGAGGCUCACGAUGCUCUUGUUGCUACUCGCGAACAUAAAGAUAAAGUGCAGCAGGGUAAGACUGGUCUCAUGUCUCGUCUCUUUGGAUCUGUCGAUACUGAAGAAGUACGUGAAUUGAAAGUACACCAGCUGGAGCAGAGGAUUAAUCAAAGUGAAAUAGCUGUGAAACAGGCGGAUGAAGAUUUAGAAUCUUUUUCCAUCAAAGCAAUGGUAGAUAUUGAAAGAUUUCAACAUCAAAAAGUCAUUGACUUGAAGGAAACUCUGGCUGCAUACUGUGUGCUACAAUUCAAACUUGCUAGAAAGGGCCUCCAGACUUGGCAACAUAUCAAAGAUUGUCUAGAAAGUAUGCCGUAAGUUACCUAUUUAACGAAUUUAACUUCUGAGUACAAUCUGUUUUUCUUAAUACCAUCACAGAAUCUCAAUCGUUCCAUGUCACCAAUGUACAUCUACAUUCCUGCAUUCAUAAGCUUGAUUACAAUUGAUGUAAGAAUAAGACUAAUUGUAAGAUUAGUCGAUACUCUCAUUCAGUAAAUAUUAGAUAGGUAUUAUAGUAUUCACGUUGUAUAUGGAUAUCUGAAAAAAGCACUGUUUAGUAUUUAUAUGUAUUUCAUUAAUAUAUAUAUUCUGUUGUUCCACAAAGUUUAAAUAAAAGAAAACUUAUCCUACCGAA